AUGUAUGCAGUCCUCAACAACGGAUUGGAUUGCUACUGCGACAAUUCUACCGAAGGAGAUCGUUUUUCGUCUGCCUGUAUAACGCCCUGCUCAUAUGAGACGGUCGCAGGUUGCAAUGAACCUGACGGAGGCAGUUCUUGCAUAUGCGGUGAUGACGUCGCAAACUCAGUGUACAAAACGAGCACCGCAUAUGGCUGCCCAUGA